AUGGAAUCUCAAAAGAAACUCAAAAUCGCAAGUCUGGGCAGCUCCUUUGCUGCUGGUCCUGACAUUCCACCACAAAUCGAACCACAUGCCGCGUUGCGAUCAGGGCAGAAUUACCCCCAUCUUCUGGCGCAGCACUUGGAUGCAGAUCUCACUGAUCUGUCUGUUUCUGGUGCAACUUUGCUCAACAUAACAGUCGAUCCACAGUCUACCAACAAUAUGACCUUCCCACCGCAAAUCUCCGACCUCCCCGAAGACGCUAAUAUCAUCACCGUGACUGCUGGAGGAAAUGACAUAAACUAUAUCGGCGGCAUGAUCGCCGAUGCUUGCGAGGCCGAGCUCCAAUCAUCCGUGUCACUAUCACCAAGCGAAUUGGCAGAACGAUUAGGGGGAGUUCUCGAUCAGAUACACAAAAAGGCUCCAGGAGCUCGAAUCUUCCUUGUUGAAUAUCUUGCCGUUCUGGGACCUGACACUCAAACUAGUCGGAAUAUCCCGCUAAGCAAGGAGAAAAUUCAACAUUACCGUGGUGUUGCGUCUGUUCUACAACAUGCAUAUACUGUCGCUGUGGAGGGUCGAGCUGGUUGGUGUGAGACAGUCCCAAUUCACCAACUCAGCCAGGAACAUGCACUUGGCAGCAAAGAGCCCUGGGUUGGAGGAUUUGUAUUGGGGCCGCUUCUCCAUCCGAAUCUUGAUGGGAUGAAGGCCGUAGCGGGUAUUCUAGUUGAGACCAUCCGCAAGAGCACAUUAUCCAAAGCAUUGCUGUGA